AUGGGCGACUUUGUACCAUUUCAUGAUAAAUUUUGUGGUGAUGGUGAUGGUGAUGGGAGGAAUGUGGCUGGCAGCACUGGUGGUUGUGGGAAGAAGAUGGGAAGGAUUAUCAAUAUAGCAUCAGUUGUAGGUCUUGUUGGCAAUGUCGGACAAGCCAAUUACAGUGCGGCAAAAGCUGGUGUUAUCGGCUUUACAAAGUCAGUUGCCAAGGAAUAUUCAAGUAGGAAUAUAAAUGUAAAUGCUGUUGCUCCGGGGUUCAUUGCGUCUGAUAUGACUGCUAAGCUUGGGGCAGACAUUGAGAAAAAGAUUUUGGAGACUAUUCCAUUAGGAAGGUAUGGCCAACCCGAAGAAGUUGCUGGACUCGUGGAAUUCUUGGCUCUUAAUCCUUCCGCCAGUUACAUCACUGGACAGGAGAACAAAAUAUGGGGCACGACAUUCUUUCUAUUGUUCACAAGUACAGAGGCAUCUGGAAAUGUUACUCUUCACACUGUAAACAAGAUUGGACAAUCCGGGGUUACCUACAUUUCUAGCUUCAACCAGGAAAUAUUCAGAUAA